GGACGUUCUCGCAUUCUCGACAUCGCAGUCUCGUUUUACCAGGUAAAUUGAACUCCAUUGCGGUCAAUCCAUAAGUCGCCCACCAUGGCGUCAAAGCUUGUGCCGCAGCUGGUACGCCAGGCGACUAGAACACCUUGCAGAGCUCCUCGAAGACAGCUGUUCCAUCCCAGACAAUUCUCAACCUCGCCGUCGUCGCGAAGUGAAUCGCUCUCCGUGCAUCGCAACACUCCCGAAAACAACCCUUCAAUCCCCUUCAAGUUCAACGACACGAACCUCCGCCUCAUCGAUGAGAUCACCAAGCGCUACCCGCCGCAGUACAAGAAAGCCGCCGUCAUGCCGCUUCUGGAUCUGGGCCAGCGCCAGCACGGCUUCACCUCGAUCAGCGUGAUGAACGAGGUCGCCCGCAUCCUCGAGAUGCCGCCGAUGCGUGUCUACGAGGUGGCGACCUUUUAUACCAUGUACAAUCGCAACCCGGUCGGGAAAUAUUUCGUCCAGGUGUGCACGACGACGCCGUGCAUGCUGGGAGGAUGUGGGAGCGACGUGAUCAUGAAGGCGUGCGAAGAGUUUCUGGGCAUCCACUCGGGACACAUGACGGAAGACAAGCUCUUCUCCCUCCUCGAGGUGGAAUGUUUAGGUGCUUGCGUCAAUGCCCCCAUGGUGCAGAUCAAUGACGAUUACUACGAGGAUCUCACGCCGGAGACGACCAAGCAGUUGUUGCAGGCUCUCAAGGACUCGGCCACAAUCAGCGGGUACGAUGUGUCAAAGGUCCCGCGGCCGGGACCGCAACUGUACGAGGGAAAACAGAGAAUGACCUGCGAGCCGAGGGCGGGGCAGACCACGCUGUUGGGUGAGCCGUACCAUAGCAAAGACGUCCUGAGGGCAGAUGGGGAGCUCUGAAAGUCUGUUGGGUGAGGGAGAUGUCACCGUUGGGAAGGAGACGACAGCAGAUUUGCGUUGGAAUUUCGAAUCCGCCAAACUCCAACGUUGGAGGAAGACACAUGAAAAAUGGAAAGAGCUACAAUCAUUCGCUCGAGCCCGACAAGGGGGGCCUUGAGUCGUGUUGUACAUAUAGGAGAGUUUCGAGUGAAGCACAGAAGACGAGCAGAAGAGCGCAAUGCAAAGAGAUUUGGGCGAAUGACAACCACAUUCUUCUGACCA